AUGAGCAUGUUAGUGACUCUUGGACUGACUCCAACUGCAGCAUCAUCAACACCAUCGAGUAGUGGCACUAGUAGUGGCAGUGGUUUGAUAAGUAGUAGUACAAAUACGAUGGUGGCCUUGAGCAGCAGUAUGAUUCCUCGAUCCAUUGCACGGCCACUCGUCUCAUCAUCCGUUGUUCAAUUCCAUCCAAAAAGCAGCUCAACAACAACAGUUCUACCACUUGGAUCUAAAAGUAAGGUACCAAAUAGUGCCAUCAUCAAUUCCAACAACAAGAGUAGUAGUAGUAGUAGUGGUACUCUAUCUCGUCGGAACAAGCCGAGCAGUCAUCAGAACUCUACUAACUCCCAAAAACAAUUUUCUAAGCCUAUUAACAGCACAGCAACAACAACGUUGAAAAGUAAUCAUCCUACGAGCACAUACGAGUUCCUCCAAUGCAAUUCCAAACGUUUAAAGUAUCUUGGCUACAAGCUCCAUGUGUUCCUGCUCUCCAGUAUUCGAUGGAGCGUGAUGAUUCUAUCGGGAUGUAUGGCUGGUAAUAUGAUUUCAACAUUCCUCCCUCUCUUUUUCAUUCUUUGCUUAUGUUUUUUGAAUCAAUCAGAACAAAACAAUAAAAUCAUUGGCCAACAACAAAAAAAUGAGCCAUCUUCAAGGAAUAUCAGCACAUCGAAUAUUGUGCGUUCAUCGGCAUCGGGAGUGCAUAUUGAUGAUCACUCACCAGUAACACAUUCACCUGCAGGAGCCUCUCCAUUUCCGCAAUCAUUUCCACCUUGCGUAGAUAUCAGGUCUAAAUUCCAUGAAAUGUUAAAGAAUAAUACUACCGAUUUGGCAGUGGUUGGAAUUUCUCUUCUUACAAGCGUGAUUGAACAUAGCAAGGCAUCUACCAUGUUGGAAAUUACUCACGAACUCAACAAUGCGACCCAAGAAAUUCUCAGAGUUGCAAGAAAUGAUUUGAAAGAAUUUCCACACUUCUUCUCAUCGAGCAUUACACUCAGAUCUGCAUGUGAUAUUUAUCAACGCUUUGUUACAAGACAAUUUUUGGAAAUUCAAGAUUUUGGAGCUUGUAAAAAAAGAUUAACAGAAAGAGGAAAAUAUAUUCAAAGUUUAAGUGCUCAAUCCAAGGAGAGCAUCAGCGAAUUAUUCAGACCUUUUUUCUGUAGAGACAAUAUGCAAAUUAUGCUUGUUGGAGGAUACAGCGAAAUGAUUAUUACUAUUUUGGCCUAUGUCACUACUCAUGUGAAUCAUCAAAGUGCAUUCCGUUUCAAGAGCGUUCUAGUUCCAGAAGGAAGACCUGACGGAAGCGGAUAUCGUAUUGCUAAAGCUCUAUCGGCAUAUAACAUUCCUAUCACAAUUAUUACAGAUGCCAGCAUUGCAUAUCACAUGUCUAGCAGCGAUCUUGAUUUUGUGUUAAGUGGUGCUGAGGGAGUUGUUGAAAGUGGCGGUAUUAUUAACAAGAUUGGAACCUAUCAAGCUGCAAUUUUGGCAAAAGAGCACAAAAAACCGUUCUAUGUAGCAGCUGAGAGUUUUAAAUUUGUCAGGCAGUACCCUGUUAAUCAACAAGACCUUAUUGAGAAAAUGGAAAAUGGAUCAAUUUAUUAUAUCAACCAACCUGAAUACAAGAUGAUCCCAGCACUUGGAUUCUCAGACAUGACUCAAGAAGAAGUUCAAAACACAUUGUUGUGCGAGGAGUCUGUUCAAAUCAGCAAUCCAAUUAGUGACUUUACGCCACCAAAAUAUAUUACCAUGUUAUUCACAGAUUUGGGUAUUUUGACACCAAGUGGAGUCUCUGAUGAAUUAAUCAAAUUAUACUCAUAA